AACACAAUUCCCACAGCUUUCCCAGCAUUUGAUCUGUUUACAGCUAAAAUGACUAUUGACAUUGUAAGUCCUGUCAUCAACAUGAUCUAUAGCUUAAGCAAUUUCGCUACCUGUCGUGUCCAAUACAUCGUUGGAUUAGAAGAUGAUGCGAAUUCAUUAAGGAAUGCAAUGGAUGAACUAAGAAGUGUUAGGGAAGAUGUCAAGAGAAGAGUCGAUAUAGCCGAGAGACGGCUAUUGACACGCACUAAUCAAGUGCAAGGAUGGCUACAGCGAGUGGAUGCCAUUGAACAUGAAGUGGAUGAGGUUGACGAAGGCCUAGUUCAGAGGAGGCGAUGCAUUGGAGAUUGGUGUCCGGAUUGCUGGUCGAGAUACAAGCUCGGCAAGAAAGUGGUAAAGCUGCUAGCGGGCGUAGCUGAAUUGAAGAGCAGAGGAGUUUUCGAUGAGGUGGCCGAGAGAUCACUUCCCAACCCCGUCAAUGAGGUGCCUAGCACGUCGCCUGUGGGCACCAGCAUGAUGUUAGAGAAGCUUCGCAGGUUUGUUAGAGAAGAUGGAGUGGGAAUUGUUGGUGUGUAUGGGAUGGGGGGCGUUGGGAAGACAACCCUCUUGAAGAAGAUCAAUAACAAGUUUCUCGAACGGACCCAUGACUUUGAUGUGGUGAUUUGGGUCGUGGUGUCGAAAGAUUUAAAUGUCGGGAAGAUUCAAAAGGCUCUCGGGGGUCGGUUGGGCUUGUCUUGGGAAGGAAGCGAAAGCCAAGAAGAACGAGCUGUGAGUAUAUUUGCGGCGUUGAACAAAACAAAAUUCAUGCUUUUGUUGGAUGAUGUUUGGGGGAGAUUGGAUCUUGAUGUGGUGGGAAUCCCUUUCCCCAACAGCCACAACAAGUGCAAGAUAGUAUUCACAACUCGGUCGAUGGACGUAUGCAGUGACAUGGAUGCUCAGAGAAAGCUCAAAGUGGAAUUUUUAGAAGAGAAGGAAGCGUGGAAACUCUUUCAAGCCAAGGUGGGUAAAGAGAUGGAUUUGGAUUCUCAAUCCAUACGGCCUCUUGCCGAGACCACUGUAAAAAAAUGCGGAGGAUUACCACUUGCGCUCAUCACGAUCGGGAGGGCUAUGGCGAAUAAGAAAUCCAUCGAGGAGUGGAAAGACGCAAUAAGAUCACUAAACAAUUCGGCAUCAGAGCUCCGAGGUAUGGAAGAUGUAUUUUCUCUCUUGAAAUUCAGCUACGAUAGCUUAACAGAUGAUACAGUUCGGUCUUGUUUCUUGUAUUGUGCUUUGUUCCCUGAAGACUACUCUAUAGAGAAAGAGCAGCUCAUAGAGUAUUGGAUCGGGGAAGGAUUCUUGGAUGGAUUCCGCAACAUUAGCGAAGUUCAUAACAAGGGGCAUGCUAUAAUUGGAAGCCUAAAGGUCGCAUGCCUGUUGGAGAGCGGCGAUGAAGAAACACAGGUAAAAAUGCAUGAUGUUAUCCGUGGCCUGGCCAUAUGGAUAGCAUGCCAGUCUGGGAAGACAAAGAAGUUUAUAGUACAAGCGAGCGUGGGAUUGACCGAACAUGGAGUAGAGAGGUGGACGGAGGUAGAGAGGAUAUCGUUAAUGGACAAUGAAAUCAAUGCGCUAGUGGAAGGACCCAAUUGCCCGAAUCUGCUAACCAUGAUGCUCCAAUGGAAUAACAGCUUGAACAAAAUCUCCAAUAGCUUCUUCCACUUGAUGCCUGCCCUCAGAGUCUUGGAUCUGUCAUUUACCAGUCUCAAAGAGCUUCCCGGGAGCAUUGGUGGAUUGGUCAAGCUGCGUUAUCUCAAUCUGUCAAGGACAAAAAUAACAGCAUUGCCGAAAGAGUUGGGAAGUCUGGGGAAGCUAAGGCAUUUGGAUGUGCAGCGUACUCGCGCUCUCAGAACAGUUCCGUAUGAGGUGAUAUCCAACCUUUCCGGACUUCAGGUGUUGAAUCUGUAUUACAGCUUCGGGGAUUGGGACGUCGAAGGUGUUGGGGAUGGGAGUGGGGUGAGCUUUACAGACUUGGAAUGCUUGCAGCACUUGACAACUCUUGGGAUCACCAUAACCAAAGCAAUCGCCCUGUUUCGGUACUGCUUUGGCAAUUUACCGAAACGCACUGCGUAUCUAUACAUCAAGGAGUGCGAAGGUCUUACUUACUUCGAGCUAUCGUUGAAUCACAGGAAGCUCCGAAGACUUAGCAUCAAUAACUGUUAUGAUUUGGAGGAGCUGACGGUCCGUUCAGAGGGAGGAGAGGACUGGCUUCCGAGCCUGGAAGUCCUUUCCUUGUACGGCCUUCCGAAUAUAACGACCAUCUGGGGGAGGACAGUUACUCAUGAAUGCCUUCAAUACCUCCGUUGUAUAGACAUCUGGUAUUGUGAUAAGUUGAAGAACAUUACAUGGAUUUUGCAGCUUCAAUGCCUCGAAGUGAUUUACUUGUUCUAUUGCAAGGGAAUGGAAGAACUUGUAAGUGGAGACGUGGUAGUUGAAGUGCCUUUCGCAUUACCCAGGCUUAGAACAAUAUCUAUCCGAGACUUACCAGAGCUAAGGCGUAUUUAUACGCAGCCUCUCGUCUUUCCUUCCUUAGAGGGAAUGGCGAUCGCAGAAUGCCCGAAGCUGAAGAAGCUCCCACUUGGGUCCUGCAGUGCCAAGACUCUGCGGACGAUUUAUGGCAACAAGGAAUGGUGGGAUGGAUUAGAGUGGGAAGACGACAGCAUCAAGUCUGCUUUUCUUCCAUAUUUCACAGCAAUCUAGUGGAGUGAUGUGCAAUACCUUUUGUAGCAUCCCUCUCUCUUGAGUGAAUUUGUAACUUGAAGAAGACUAUGUUCAG